GUGUAUGUGAAUGUUACUGACAUGCCAGCACGCAUCGAAAACCUCCGAGCCUCCACGGACUACAAGUUUACAGUGCGUGUGAAUGAUCCGCCCUACCUGUCGGAAUGGAGCGAGGAGGAGAGCAGGCUACAACAGCAUCACAGUACAUCACAAAGGCCGGCGAGUGCCCUGCUGUUGAUGACGACACUGCGGGGAUCUGUGUGGAGGAGUGCAGGGCAGAUGGCGACUGUGAUGGUGCAGAGAAAUGCUGCAGCAAUGGGUGCGGAAAGACUUGUAUGCGACCUACAGGCUAUGAUGUGUGCAGCCUGUUGAAGGACCCGGGUUCCUGCGGUAACUGGACGGUACGCUGGUACUACAACAGGGAGGAGGCUCAGUGUGACCGCUUCUGGUUCAGCCAGUGUGGCGGUAAUGAUAACCGCUUCAUGACGGAGGCAGAGUGCUUGAACAGAUGUGUGGGUACUCCAGUGACAACCCUCGGCCACCAGCCACCCCGCACUCCACAGCCCCGCCCCUCUGACUGUCGACUCUCUGUCUUCAACUGCUGUGAAGACGGAUACACUUCUAAACUCGACGCUGAAGGAACAAACUGCCAGCUAUGUGCCAUGUAA